AUACUCUUAGUAGUGAUGCAGUUCCAGAACGAAUGUCAGAUUGUUUCUUUUAUCGAAACUUGUGGUGGGAGAAGGGAGAAUUUAGCAAAAAGGCAAAGUGGAAAGAAAUAACAUUACCUUAUGUGCUUGCUACGAACAUCACCAUAGAAGAUUAUGAAGAACGUACAGAAGAGUUCAAUAUUCACAGAUAUUGGGAGUGGUCAAACGGAAAAAUCUUAAUCUAUGAGUUUCCUUCUAUGCUACAUGAAGUUGACAUCAGUGCAAUUGUUAAGCAAAUAAAUAAACAAUGCGGUAAUGCUGAUGGAACUGAUGCCAAGAAUUAUGGUUUUAGUUCUACUAGAACACGCAACAGAAACUGUGGAAAAGAAGCUGAUGCAUCGUUUCGUCUAACAAAACUGACUGUAACUGCACAAAAUGGGAGCAAUGGAGAUAAUCGUCCUUGGCCAAAUUUGGUCGUGAAAGUAGCCUACUCUGAAACAUUGGAUCACGUUGAAGAAGCUUUACAAUAUUGGUUGAGUCCUAGUUGUACCUACGAUUGUAUUAUUGUAAAAAUCGACCCAGUUUCCCAAGACUAA